AAACGUGAUCGCUGUAAGCAAAGGGGUUUUCAGUGUUUUGUUAGUAACGUAAACAAAAUAAAAACAGAUUCAUGGAAACGAAGCCACCAAAAAUGUUGUGAAGACAACGCUUACGAUAAGUCGAGCACCAAUGGGCUAGAAAAAAUAACGGUAAACUUUAAAUACAUGUACAAAAUGAUGAUGAGUGACAACUGCACUUGCGGGAAUAGCGGGGAGGUAGGAAAAUGCGUCCGCUGUACCUCCCCUGUGCAGCCUACAGAUCUGAGUCUGAAGUGUCCGUCCAAGAAACUGCGGCCCAUACCACCGCCCCUCGAUCUGGCUGGUCAUCCACCCAAUGCGCUGAAGGAGUUUGCUAUAAUUGCAACGAGCCCAAAAAGCCCACUGAUGCAGAAGAGUUUACCAUUUCGUAAAAGGGCAUACAGCUUUUCAUGGAAUUCAGAUGUUACCCCACCACCUACUCCACCACAGCAGCCGGCACAAGCCAUCAUUACUGCCACCACAGUAAAAGUGGAGCCGCCUGCAAGUCCAAGUACACAGCAGGCCCAGAGCUCAGUUCUCAUGAGCCCAGCAUCUCUCACCAGCAGUCGUGAGGAUCUCCAUUCUUGUCCAUGGCCUGCUCCAGUGUGGCACUGCUUCCAGCCAGGAACACUAGUGCGUUUUAGUGGUGAUACAACAUGGCGACGGGCUGAGGAAAUUUCGGGCUAUCGCUGUGAGUGGCUACGCCUAGAAAUGGCAGCUGAACAAGAACGGACACAAGAUGGUGUGUCUACUGUACUUGCAUUCCGCUGGGAACGAGGUGAUCUGACUGCUCGAUGUUCUCGUUUACAGACAUUUUACACACAUCAUAAAGGUUGGUGUGCUGUAUGCCCAGAUGAAGUAUUGCAUGCAUACAGUGUAUCGUGUCACCUAUUAGAACCAGGAGAUAUAUGUUUACCACCUCCAAGAAACAGCUGCGCAUCUGUUGGCAGUAGCUGGCCAGCAGUAACAGUGAAAUCUCCAGAUAUAUGUGACAGUUUUCGCAGGUUUAGUUUUCCUCCUGAGGAGUUACCAACAAGUAGGCACAAACUAGUGUCUCUAAAGCCAGUGCCAGUACCUUCCAUAGCAGUGGAAAUCUCAACUCCAGUGCCCUCCCCUGCAGCUGGGCCAGAAACAGAGCGGGCAAAACGUCCUAUGAAUGCAUUUAUGCUGUUUGCCAAGCGUUACAGACUUGAACUUAUACAGUCGCACCCAGGCAAGGACAAUAGGGCAAUCAGUGUACUUUUGGGAGAGGCAUGGCGUAGCAUGCCUGCUGAGGAGCGUCAGAAGUUUGUGGAGGAAGCACGACUCCUGGCCCAGGAGCAGAAGAGGCGCCACCCUGAUUGCUGGAAACGUAAGCGGUCUCUUUCCACCAGUUAGCGAUGUUCGAUAAAGUAUGUACAUUUGCAUUUAUUUACUUGUGCAUUUAAAAACUUGAAGCACCCCAUGAAGGAAUGGUUGAAGGAAUGGUUGGCUAUAUCAGUUUUCUGUGGACAUUAUGCUGUUCAAUAUUUUCUGUCAUGACAUAACAUAUGAGACAGUGAGUGUGGUGUGAUGCAAGUUACCCUUGAAGCAGCCUCUCGAUUUUUAAUAAAGCAGUAAUAUUUUUAAGAAAAGAGAUGUUUGCUGGAAUGCUGUUAUAGUUAAAAACAAACUUUUCAUCUUUGUCAGCAGUUAAACAAAUUAUCAAAUAAAUGAAAUGAUGUCAAAAACUUUGCAGGUAACAUAAAUAUUCUGAAUGACUUACAUAGAACAAUAGGUUCUUGAAAACAAGGAAACUGAAUGGAAUAUCCUCAGCUACUUCAUCAGACCUGAUGACUCUGUAUCCUACAUAUUAAAUGUCGAGGACAUUUUUUCCCAAAUGUGUGCAAAUCUUUACAAGAUUAUUAUUGGUAAGCCAUUAAGCAUUUUUUGCACUUUAUAGUCCUGCUCAGCAAAUAUUGUAAAUUUAUUUGCAUAAGUUCAUCUACAUGGGGAGGAGGACAGAAAGACACCUGAAAGUUAAGAAUUUAAAUCAGUGAUAGUCUACAAAGUAAUAUUCUUUUUAAAAAGAUAAAUAAUGAUGAACAGAUCCAGAAAGAAUGAAUUUAUUCAUAACAUUGGUGGAACGGAGGCGUAAAGAAAGAAAACUGAAUAGGAAAUGAGAACACAGUAAUGUUUUAAGGAAUGAAAGAAGACAUUAGUAGGUAAGACAACUGCACACAGAAGAGGUAAGGUGAAACUGAAGGAAAGAUGAAACAAAUUGAAAGAUACAUGAAAAUGAUGGUAACUAUUUUAAAACUGUGGCACCUUUUAGCAAAUACUCAUCAAUUUCAUAAUUAAGUCAUCAAGAUACAAACUACAGACUGUCUUCUUCAGACUGUUACCUGUGUUGUCACAUACUAAUAAGUCAAAUGGAGUUUCACCAGAACUUGCCUCCAGGAGGUGCAGUUUCCAGUGUUACAAGAGAACAAUAAACAAAUUAGUCACAGCACUCCUUGAUUUUAAAGUAUGGCAUUUUUCUUCAGGGAGGAGGAAAAAUAUGGUUGGGAGAUGGGAUGUCCUGGCACACAAAACAAAACUCAAAUUACAAGGAAUUGAUAUCUUAAUAUGUUAGUAUAUCUUUUGACAUAUUAGUCCAUGUGGCACUCUACUGUAGACACAUGUGCUUAUUUAUCUGACCCAAAAUUAUUUUAUUCCUGGUGUAAAAAUUACAAAAAUUAAUCAUAUUCUCAUUUGCUGACAAAUAAAAGUUUACUGUAAAUUAAGAAACUUGUAAUUGACGAGAUGUAAAGCUGCCAGUAAAUUUUGUAACAGACCCUACUUGAAAUACGUUUCAGCAAACUGCACUAAUUUUUUAUUCUUUCUGUAAAAGUGGUUAACGUAAUGUAUUGCUCAGUGAGACAUUCAAGUACGCCAAAUCCAGUGUGCUGGACAGCAAACAAAUAUAUGCAUGAUGGAGUUCCUACUACGUUCUACAUUUAUUUUUAGGUAAGAUUACCGCCACUGUUAAUAUCAGUUGAACACUGGAGUAUAAAUCUCUAAACUAGGAACUUGUCUAAGAAGACUAGUAAAAGGCUCAUAUAUAUAUUCCACCAGAAAUGAUAACAUGGUAUAUAUAAAAUAAUCAUCCCAGAAACAUCAUUAUUUAUUCACCAUUGGAUUAUAGGUAUAUUUCUUGUGUGAAUGUGACAAGUCAUCAGGAAUCACUGUUUGAUAUAACAAUCAAAAUACGAAGAAAAGGGAAAGCCUCACUUGCAUAUGAAUAAUGAUUGCCAUAUAGCCACAUUGACAAAUCAGAAAAUGAUACUAGGUUUUGAGCUAUCACCAUUGUAUUUAUGUUGUAAUAAACAGUAGCCGUAAUUGUUGGGAAAGAUUAAAGGGAACUAAGGACAAAUAUUGCAGCUAGCAGGAAGUACAUUUUGACACUGUGAAACAUUCAGUUGUCAGAUGCUAAAAAUAAUGAACUGCAUUAGUGUAGUGGUGGUGAUGGAAGAAAUAUAUCAUUCGGCCCACUGGACAUUGAAACCAAAUUAGGUGACUACAAAGACUGUCAUAUGUGCAAAACUCCCAUCUUGCAAAAGAGGAGUAAAGUCUAGCAGAUGUGGUACCAUCUAAGGAUUAUAUAAGGAAACCAGUAAGCAUGUUAAGGAAAGCCAUUGUUUUCUACCUUUAUUUUCAUUUUGGUGAUUCAGUUCUUUCUAGUCAAUAAAACUCAACUUACUGGAACAAACAUUAUCAUCUACUACAAAUUUAAUAUCAUCUUGUUAAUGAGAUAUAAUCUAAGAAAGUGUACAGAUUCUUUGAAAUGGCACUUGAUUGCACGAUAAGUGUGAUCUUUAGUUGUAAAAGUAUUGGUAGACAGGUUAGAGGUAAUAACCAAGAGAAUAAAUUGCAUUCACAGUGCCAUUCUUAUAGUGAAAGAAAAAAAUUAUGGAAGUCAUAUUUCAUCGGGCACUUCUUGGAAUACUGUGCUGACCUGUGGCCAGGACUGCACAUGGCUUUCACUGUUAAAAUUUUUGCAGAAGGAAAUUGACUGAACUCAAUUUAUUUUCACAGCAUGUGUAGAUUAACUGAAAACUUACAAUGAGGUAUGCUCCAGUGCUAUGAGGAACUUGUAUUGCACUAAAAUGAAUAACUUAAUUCCAGUCGAAAUAGAAGCACUGAACAUGUGAGCUGAUGAGAAGACAUAUAGUAUGCCCUUGAUAACUUGUCAUUACUCACAAUGAUAGCAUACCAAGAAAGAAGAGUAUUAUUUAAAAAUUUUACAUGUGCUGAAGCUGCCAGAGUAAAUUUAUGCAAUUGUCUCAAAGUUUUGUGAGAUACAUGUCUUUGUUGCUUCUUUCUUCGAGGGAACUACACAAGCAGUGUGUGUAUGAACCUAUGUGCACUGUUAUUCCUUUGAGAAGGAAAGAAAGAGAUAAAACCAUUGAAGUGGACCUGUAAUUGUAAUUUCCUAACUCGUGUAAUUUAUCACCAACAGCAUUUCUUUCCUGUUUCCUAUCCCUGCCUUCAGUUCCCUGACUAAUCAUUCACAGCUGUUCAGCAGACAUUGCAAUGUUAUAUACUUGUUAGGUAAGUACUUGACACUCUUAGUGAGCUGUUAUAACAAUGAAAAUAAUCAAUUAUUGACUAUAUAAUGUAAAUGGACAGAUAAAAAAUCUACUCACCAAAUGGCAGCAGGGCUCCCCUGCUGACGCUUAGUGAGUAGAUUUUUUAUCUAUCCAUUUACAUUAUAUUGUUAGUGAGCUGUGUUAGCUAUCAGAAUGUCUCAACUCUCAUUGUGAUUUCAUAUUUUGGAACAGUGCUUGAAAGGGUUUAUGUAGAGUAUUUUAAAAUACUUUCCCCCAUUUUUAAAUUCUGUAUAGCUUCUCAGUGGAUACUAUUCUACAAACAGCUAAACUGAUGUAGCCAUUCCAUUUCUAAGGAAUGAAUUAGUUUGAAUAUAUUAUUCCAUGACAAAGGUUAUGCUGAAGUACCUCCAGCAUUAGAAAUGUGUAAGCUGAUAGUAACUAUUUGCUGCUGCAAAUGUUCCCAGAACAUACUGUAAUGUCUUCCUGUUGCAACUAGUAUUCAGAUUGAGAGUAUAUGAUAAUUUGACACACCUGUCAAUUUUUUUACUUUUAAAUAUAAAAAAUAUCAAUUCAUUGAAAGUUAUUUUAAAUUAUCUACAAUCAUACUGUUAUAUGCCUAAGAUCUUACUUACAUUGUGGAAUUAAAUAUGAAGUAAAUGAAACACUGUGUGAAAGCUAGUUAACAUACAUAUUCUGAUAUUAUGUCUGCUUAAGGCCCGAUUAUUCUCAAGCAAUGCUUUUCAGAAUGUGCUUUUAGGAAAAAAAAAUUCAAAUUUAUCAACUUAGUUAUCAUCCUUCAAAAAUGAAUUGGAAACUGGAUACUGUGCCUUUUUAUUUACCACAUUUUUAAUUUAUGUGACAAAGAUGUGACAAAACCUCCAAAUGAAACUGACUUUACAUUGAUGUCUCAUUUUUCCUUUUCAUAUUUUUGAAGGUACAAGAAUGUACUUUUGGAAAUCAGACCUCAAAAAUGAAUUUAUUGUCAUUGUAACUGAUCAAAUUCAGGAGACCUUAAUUUUAUAAUUUUCACAGAUAAUUAGUUUUAGGCAUUAUUCUUGUGUCUGUAAAAGUGUUGCAUUGUUCUUUUGUUUUUACUUAGUUUUUUAUGUCGUUUAAUAAAAAUGUCAUUCCUAGUUGAGGGGUUUUAAGUACUGGACAUUUAUUAAUGAUUUUGUAAUAAUAGACUUGGAAAUUUCUGUGAAUAAUUAGCCAAAGGUACACGAAUUGUGAAUGUGUAAAUGUAACUAUGCAUGUGGUAAAAAAGGAAGGGUGCAUAACUGCACUUCAGUUUUUGUGAUUCUGUUUGUCCUUGUUGAUUAUCAGAUCAUAGGAUUUUUUUAUAUCUGCCAAAUUGUUGACAAGGGUUUGAAUUUUAUUGUUUUCAUAAUACUUUAAGGAUUUUAAAAAAACUUAUGAAGUACGAUAAUCCAGUGGUUUUUUAACUUGCUGGUUUAGUUAGAAGCUUAUAUAUUGCGUAGCUGCUACCCUGCCAGUUUACUGUUUUUGUGGUUUUCCUGUAACCGUUUAUGUAGCUGAAACCCACUAGGCAAAAUGAUUUUCUUUUAUAAUAUGGCGAAAGGAUGGAGUCUAAGAUGUACAAAUAAAAGAAUACUUGGCGCUGACCUGUUUGGUCAGAACACAAGAUCUCACUUGUCCGGGGCAAGGACUGAUCUCGUAAACUAAUGUAAGCCGUGUCUUUCAUACAAAAAAUUGUCUUCACUAAUACAUAGUGUAGUAUUGUAAAUACUAACAAUGUGGAAAAUGAAGUUGUCAUAACUAAAGAAAUAAUACUCUUGAGAGAGAAGACUUCUCCUUGGCUGUUAUUGUGCUCUCUGUGCAAAUUGUGCGUGUCAAACUAGCAUUUUGUUAUUUUUGCAGUCUUUGUCUGCAUUAUCUGUUUUGUUGCAAUGCAAUAUCUGAAAAAUUAUUCAUGUAAAGCUUUCUGUGUAGUAGCUUUGUGAUAGCUGGAAAAACGGGGAGGCAAAGCACUUAAGAAUGUACUGUAAUAAAUAUGUCAUCAACCUGAAGGUUGGUUUGACCUUGUUACUGCUUUACAAGGCAUGUUCCCUUUGUAAAUUGUAGGUAUUUAUAGCAGUACCUACAGUUGACUCGGAAUUCACACCGUGUUGUUACUGGAUUUUCUCACAUAUAUUAUUAAUUAA